UCCAAUUUUUAAUAUGAUCAUGUACAACCACAAAACUAUCUAAUCCCUGAAAACCUUUUCUCUCUACCCAUGUACUAUAAUGGUCCUAUGAUUUUUCUGCAGCUUAAAUUGGCAUGGGUUCUUUUGGGAGCAGCUUUUGCUUCUGCUUCUGCUGCUGUUGCUCAGACCUUGCCAGGUUGCGAAGAUCGUUGUGGUAACAUUAGUAUCCCAUACCCAUUUGGCACAACUGAAGGAUGCUACAUAGAACAACAUUUUAAGGUUGCUUGUAACGACACUGACUACCACCCUCCCAAACUGUUUUUAGAAAGCAGCGACACCAACGUUGAGAUCACAGAGAUACUUCUCUCUGGUGAAUUGCGCAUAUCAGUCUCGAUAGGGUCUGAUUGCUUCAGAGAAGGGGGUGUUCAGAAUCGGGACGACAUAUUUGAAACCUGGAUCACAGUCCCCGAAUUCCCCAUCUCAAAUACCCGAAACAAGUUCACAGCAGUAGGCUGUGACACCUUCGCUGUUAUCGUUGGUUCCUUGGGGCGAAAUUAUGCCACGGGUUGCUUGUCAGUGUGUGACAGCAUCGACAGUGUGAUCAACAGCUCUUGCUCUGGUAUUGGCUGCUGUCAGACAAGUAUCCCCAAGGGAGUGAAGAAUUACAACAUCAGUAUCCUUAGCAUCAACAACCAUACCAGUGUAUGGGGCUUCAAUCCAUGCAGCUAUGCUUUUGUAGCCGAGGAAACUGCUUAUAACUUCUCUUCCUUAGAUCUAAAGGACUUACAGGGACGAAAAAAGCUCCCCGUGGUGUUUGACUGGGCAGUAGGUAACCAAACAUGUCAUAAAGCCAUACAGAAUCCAACAAAUUUUGCUUGUAAGGAUAAAAAUAGCAAAUGUACAAACUUUGACAAUGGUCCAGGGUAUCGCUGCAAUUGCUCGGAGGGAUAUGAAGGGAACCCUUAUAUUCCUAAUGGCUGUCGAGAUAUUGAUGAGUGCACUACUUCAAGCCCGUGCAAUAUGACAUGCCAAAAUUUACCAGGCACAUACAGUUGUUUUUGUGCAGUGGGCUACGAAGGCGAUGGCAAAAAAAAUGGAUCAGGUUGUAGCUUGGUACACGCACAAAAAAUUGCUGUUCCCAACAAGAAGCUUCCCUUGAUUAGUUACAUUGCACUAGGCAUUAGCAUAGGCAUAUCAGUACUAUUUCUUGGUGGCUGCUGGCUAUAUUGGGGAUCUAAGCAGAGGAAGAUCGCCAACCUUAGAGAAAAAUUAUUUCAGCAAAAUGGUGGUAUCAUGUUACAAGAACUUUCCAAACAUGAAGGAUCGGUCCAGUCAGCAAAAAUCUUUACUGAAGAGGAUCUAAAGAAGGCAACAAACAACUUUAAUGAAAAUAAUGUCCUGGGAAAAGGAGGCCAAGGAAUAGUCUACAAAGGAGUAUUACCAGAUAACACCAUAGUUGCCAUUAAGAAGCCCAAAGUAGCUGAUCAGAGUCAGUCCCAGAUUGAGCAAUUCAUUAAUGAAGUCAUAAUUCUCUCCCAAGUCAACCAUAGAAAUGUUGUGAAGCUGCUAGGGUGUUGUUUGGAGACAAAAGUUCCUUUCCUUGUCUAUGAAUUUAUUACCAAUGGGACUCUCUAUGACCACAUACACACUGCAUGCCAAAGAGCAUCCUCAAUAACAUGGGAGAAUCGCUUAAGAAUAGCAGCAGAAACUGCAACAGCCCUUUCAUAUUUACACUCUGCCGCUAGUACUCCUAUCAUUCAUAGAGAUGUUAAGACUGCCAACAUACUCUUAGACGACAAUUACGUUGCUAAAGUAUCAGAUUUUGGCUCUUCAAGGUUGACCCCUAUUGACCAAAUUCAGUUAGCGACACUUGUUCAAGGGACACAUGGUUACUUGGAUCCAGAAAGCUUGCAAACAAGCCAAUUGACUGAAAAGAGUGAUGUUUACAGCUUUGGGGUUGUCCUUGUGGAAUUACUAACGGGCAAAGAGGCAAUUUCUUUCGAUAGGUGUGCAGCAGAGAGAAAUUUAGCGAUGUAUUUUAUUUUAGCCAUGAAAGAAGACCGCUUGUUUGAAAUUGUGGAUGAACAGGUGAAGAAUGAAGCAAAAGCUGACCAGUUUAAGGAAUUUGCUAUUUUAGCAAAGGGAUGCUUACGAGUGAAAGGAGAGGACAGGCCAACCAUGAAGGAUGUAGCAAUGGAGCUGGAGGGAUUGAAAAUGGUGGAGAAACAUCCAUGGUUAAACGACAACAAAGGCUCAGAAGAGACCCAAUACUUGCUUGAAGAUCUACUUUCAGAUGCUUAUGGUGGUGACACUAGUACAAGGAAUUCAACAAUUUAUGAUAGCAUCACAAACCCCAACAUUUCACUAUGUAAUGGUGGACGAUAAGGUGUUUUUGGUGGCGGUCUACAUUCAUUAGAUGUUUUGUAAUGUUUUCAUUUUAGAUUUGUCAAAUAAUCUCUGUGAGUUGUUUUGGACUUUUGAUUAUAGAUGUUAUUGAGGUUCAAUUUGUUGUGGUUUUAGACAUAAUGAUUGUUUAGAAAGGUAGUUAUCAAUGCAAAACCUAUCUUUAUA